AUGAUGAAUCGUUUACAAACGGAACUAGUCGAACAACUUCCGCAAAUAGUUCUUCAAGAACAAUCAUGCAAUUUAACCAAUACUAAUCAAGAUAAUAAUACAUUUGUAACAAAUCCAAAUGUUAAUGAUCAUCAAGCAAAUAUACGUCGUCGAGCACCAACAAGACAUUCAAUAAAAUCUUUAACAAAUCGAAAAACAUUAUCAAAACAAAAUUCAACAAAAGAGCAUCGUACAUGUCUUGAUCCAACAAUACAACGACAAUAUUCCAAUUCUCAAAGCUCAGCUUUAUCUGAUGGAAAACAAGAAGAUUAG